UUACCAUCAUGUGAUGCUGGCCUUCUGCUGCUUCAGCAGUAAGGAAAGUUUUGCUGCAGUAGGGGCUGUGAGUCUCUUUGUUUAACCACAUCUUCAGCCAAACCUUUCAUUCUGAAAUGUUUUUUUCCCUUCUACCUGUGUCUUACCCCUCCUUUAUAUGUGUAAGCAAGGUAGUUUAGGUGAAGAUGGGACUUUGUGACCCAGCUGCACUCUCACACAGCCAUCCUCCUCUGGUUUUGCUCUUUAACUGAAACUCCAGCCUUCUGUCCCUCCAAAUAUGACUCUGGUUGCUGCCUUGUGGUGGGAGGGAUGGGCAGGAGACAGCCCUGGCUCACUGGCCCUUGGCUGCUGAGGGUGGAGAAUGACAGAGAAAUGUUAACUUCCCUGGAGCUGACGUUGGCUCUGCGAUGGAUUGGUGUCCUCCUGCACCUGCUGGAGACACACACUCAGCUGAACACCGGGAGAUCUCUCACUGUCAGGACAAUGGGUUGCCUCCUGUAAUUACAGGCUGAGAAUUAGCUUCAGAUGUGGAAGAGCAACAAAAUGAAAAAUCUUUGAGUCCCUCAAUGACUAAGUAAGGUAUCUGUUCUCAUGGUUUAUCUGAUUUGCUUCUCCUGGAGCCAUGGAUGAGUACAGCCGCUUUGUGGACUGGGACAAAAUGGAUGUGAGUGCCCAGAGCCAGGACACGAAAGAGCUCAGCUGCACUGAGUUCCAGGAGCUCAAGCAGCUGGCCCGGCAGGGCUACUGGGCCAAGAACCACUGUCUGAGAGCCAAAGUGUACCACAAACUCAUCAGCAGCAUCCCGUGCCGCACGGUGACCCCGGAUGCGAACGUGUACCGGGACAUCGUGGUGAAGAUCGUUGGAAAGCGCAGCAGCAGCUCCCUGCCCCUGCCGGAGUUUGUGGACAACAGCCUGGUGCCCACGUACUGCCUGAACGCUGAGGGCGUGGGGGCGGUCAGGAAGAUCAUCCUGUGCAUCGCCAACCAGUUCCCGGACAUCUCGUUCUGCCCGGCGCUGCCGGCGGUGACCGCGCUGCUGCUGCACUACAGCAAGGACGAGGCCGAGUGCUUCGAGCAGGUCUGUCGCAUCCUGGCCUGCAACGACCCCUCCAAGCGGCUCAUCGACCAGACCUUCCUGGCCUUCGAGUCCUCCUGCAUGACCUUCGGGGACCUGGUGAACAAGUACUGCCAGGCGGCCCACAAGCUGAUGGUGGCCGUGUCCGAGGACGUGCUGGAGGUGUACUCGGACUGGCAGCGGUGGCUCUUCGGGGAGCUGCCCAUGGCCUACGUUGCGCGGGUCUUCGACGUGUUCCUGGUGGAGGGGUACAAGGUUCUAUACCGCGUCGCGCUGGCCCUUCUGAAGUUCUUUCACAAGGUCCGGGCUGGGCAGCCCAUGGAGUCUGACAGCAUCCAGCAGGACAUCCGAGCCUUUGUGAGGGACAUCGCCAAGUCGGUGUCUCCGGAGAGGCUCCUGGAAAAAGCCUUUGCCAUCCGCCUUUUCUCUCGGAAGGAGAUCCAGCUGCUGCAGAUGGCCAACGAGAAGGCCUUGCAGCAGAAGGGCAUCACGGUCAAACAGAAAAGCCUUGCACCUCCCAAAAGGCAGAAUGUGCACUUGGCGGUUCACGCUGAGAACUUCAAGUCAGAAAUUGUCAGUGUGAAGGAGAUGCGAGACAUCUGGUCGUGGAUCCCCGAGCGAUUUGCACUGUGCCAGCCCCUCCUGCUUUUCACCACCUUGGAACACGGCUGUAGCCUGAGCAGGUUCUAUUCCCACAGCGAGGGACACGAACCAACUCUUCUCCUCAUCAAGACAACAGCAAAGGAGGUGUGUGGGGCCUACCUGUCCACGGACUGGAGCGAGCGCCGGCGAGGAGGGAACAAGCUGAGCUUCUUUGGGACUGGAGAGUGCUUUGUGUUUAGGCUGCAGCCAGAAGUGGAACGCUACGAGUGGGUGAUCAUAAAGCACCCAGAGCUGGCCACGGCUGGCGCAGAGACAGAGAACCAGAACCACUCCUCACCAGGUGCCAGCACCCUGUGCUCCGGCAGUGGCCCCCCGGAGCCCUCGGAGCGGCUCUCGCCCUUCCUGUCAGCGCGGCACUUCAACCUGCCUUCCAAAACCGCUUCCAUGUUCAUGGCGGGCAGCAGUGAGUGCGUCAUCGUGGGAGGAGGUGAUGGGCAGGCUCUGUACCUGGAUGCAGAUCUGAACCACGGGAGAACCAGCCACUGCAACACUUUCAAUAACCAGCCACUGUGCUCUGAAAACUUCCAGAUCUCAGUGCUGGAGGUGUGGGGCUUCAGGGACACCAUGAAUGGUUGACAUGACUGUCAUUAAUCAACUAGUUUUUCAGUUGUCCUAGGAUUCCCACGGAAAUCCCGAGGCAGGAGCCACGUUAGAACAUCCUGUGUGCUGGGCUCAGUGCUGUCAGUCAUUCCUAAGUGGUGCACUUGGAUACAGGGCCUAGUUGUUUACUCUUAUUUUAGACAGGUCAAGGUGAAGUAACGAAUCUGGUCAACUCCUUGUCUCUUUACCUCUAGAGCUCUGUAUUCAGGCCCUGUUAUUAGGUAGAAGUGAAAAUGUGAUGAUUUCAGACCCAUCUAGGUGGCUACAGGUCCGUAUCACAGAAUAGGUUUGGAGUUUGCAGCUCCCUGGAGGCACAGCACUGGCUGAGCUGCAGAGUCUGAGCCACUGGCACCACUACCUGGCCUCAGCCAGGGAUAUCAAAUGUCUUCUCACAGGGAAACCUGCUCACCUCAGAUUUGAUGUAGAACAGUAGUUCAUAAAACCAUUGCCCUACUCUGAGCAGACUUUGUGCAGACAAAUCAGUACCAUGAAAAUUAAGCUCUUAAUUCACACCAGCACCUUGAUUGCUAAUCCUCUCCUUGUACCAGAACCCUUGACAUGCCCCAGUUGCAUCUGUUUGAGGACUCUGCCUCUGGAGAGGCAUCCAGGCAGGACAGGGAUAUCUCCAAGACUUGGUUUUGUUUACAUCCCUACUCCAUAUCAGUGUGAUGACUUCAGACUGACUUGUGUGUCAGGCAACUGAAAGCCAGAGCAUAUCUGCAGGGCUUAGAAACAGCCCUUCCCUCAUCCUUUCUGGGAGCUGAAGUGGAGCUUUAAAUCUGAGAGUCACUGUGCUGGUGUCCCUGUGUGUUUGGGCAGUUAGACAUGGUGACAGGAGCUUUGUGCUCUCCCCACAGGUGAAGGAGGGAAGGUGGGAGGGAGAUCCCGCAAAAAGUAGCACUUUUCUGCUAGCAGAUUCUGGUAGGUUUUGGUUGAUGCAAAGAGGCUUUUGCUCAUUCCUGAGCAUUCCUACAGUCCUCUUUAGGCAUGGCAGGUGGCAUGUAAUGUCUGGAGGCAAUUUUCCAGUGUCUUUACCCAAAACUUGCACUAUCAACUGUGGAGCUUCUCCCACAUGAAGCACAAAUACAUAAACAUCAAUGAGUAAUCCAGAACACACAACAGGAUGCUCAAAGCUUCAGUGAGUAACUCUCCAGGAAGAUUUAUCCCAACAGGUAAAAUGAAGGGAAAGAGAAAUUGCUGAUUUUUUUUCAACAGUUCGGUCUAAAA